CUGAGAGCGAAAUACUAGAAACUUCUCUUUCUUCAGUCCCCUAUAUCAUCCCCAUUAGCAAGGGGCCAUUGACGAAGAAGCUUGUGUUCUGCUCGUGGCUGUCGCGUGCUAGGGUUGUUCUUCGUUGUCAUUUCUCUCUAACUUCACUCUCCGAUUCAAGAAAUCAUCGUGAUCAUGGGGAAGUGCUACCCAACUGUGAGCGAGGAGUACAAGAAGGCCGUCGAGAAGGCCAAGAGGAAGCUCAGGGGUCUUAUCGCCGAGAAAAACUGUGCUCCUAUCAUGCUACGCCUUGCAUGGCACUCUGCUGGUACCUUCGAUGUUAAGACUAGGACUGGUGGUCCAUUCGGAACCAUUAAGCAUCCCUCUGAGCUUGCCCAUGGUGCUAACAACGGACUCGAUAUCGCUGUCAGACUACUCGAGCCCAUCAAGGAGCAGUUCCCUAUCCUCACCUACGCUGAUUUCUACCAGUUGGCCGGAAUUGUUGCUGUUGAAAUUACUGGUGGACCUGAAAUCCCAUUCCAUCCAGGAAGAGAGGACAAGCCGGAGCCACCACCUGAAGGCCGGCUACCUGAUGCUACCAAGGGUACUGAUCACUUGAGGACUGUGUUCGGUCAUCAAAUGGGCCUCAGCGACCAGGAUAUUGUUGCUCUCUCUGGUGGUCAUACUCUGGGAAGGUGCCAUAAAGAGCGUUCUGGAUUUGAGGGACCCUGGACUACCAAUCCUCUCAUCUUUGAUAACACGUACUUCAAGGAACUUUUGAGUGGAGAGAAGGAAGGCCUUCUACAGCUGCCAACUGACAAGGCACUUCUGAAUGACCCUGUUUUCCGCCCCCUUGUUGAAAAAUAUGCAGCAGAUGAGGAUGCCUUCUUUGCUGAUUACACCGAAGCUCAUCUGAAGCUCUCCGAGCUAGGAUUUGCUGAUGCUUAAGUAUGGAACAAGAAAGGAUGGUGCCGGUGCCAGCUUGCCUUGCUUCAUCUUGCCUUGCUUUUGUUUUUCUUUUUAAUUUCCAGUAGAACUGGGUGUUUAGGCAGUUGGUGCAGUGAUUAAAGUUGGUGGAUAAUGGUAGUCGGUGGGUUUGUGCUUUGUGUUUUGUUGGGACAUGUUGAAUUGAAGAAAUUGGGUAGGAUGCAAUGGUAAUCAUCCUUUAGGUUAAAUAAUACAUAUUUUUAUUAAUCCAGAUGCUAUUAGCUUUGACGUUUGGUUUGGUUUA